UUGAUAGCCAUAACUAUGAUACUGAUUGAAAUUAAACACUCAAUGGUCACAGCUGAACUUCUAGGCUUUAAUGAUUACAUUCCUCCAUUUGCAACUGCAAGAGGCCAGGAUAUUCUCAAAGGUGUGAAUUAUGGAUCUGGGUCAGUUGGAAUUCGAGAUGAAACCGGACAACAAUUGGUAUUCCCCAGACCUUAUAACAUCCCCUGA